AGUAAAUAUGAGCAAAGAGCCGAAUGAAAUGUGAGCUUUGUUAAUCCACGCUGAGAGCAAAGUGAAAGCGCUGAAAACGCGGAAGUAAAAAAAAAAAAAGAAAACAUGUUGGAUGUGUCGCAGCGGAGAAAUUAAAAAAAGUGCUAAGAGUGCACGCUCGGUGCAGACAGCACAAACCCGAGGAAGAUCCCCGACUUGUGUGGACCGCAUCUCCCACGCAACCAAACGACCACAUGGAUGAAGAAUGAAUGAAGAAUGACAAAUGGACUGUACAAACCAUUACGACUACGACAUCCUCGGAAGAACACACAUAAGGGCAAGGAAAACUCACACCCAGUGGGCAGGGAGAAUUCACACCCAGUGGAACGCCAGUGACAAUGCUGACUAUGAGAACCUUGGAGAGGACCUCAAAUGUGGGCAACCCUACCCCUCUAGGGGACCGAAAGCAAUGAAUCCUCUUCUCUGCAUAAGUCUGCUGCUUCUACCCCUGGCCCUGGGCUGCGGCAGCCAAAAGGCGCUUGAAGAAUUAAGAGGGGAUUACGCCGCUGUGGUGCAAACAGAUCUGGACAACGCAAAAGAAAGAAUCUCGACCCUGCAGCAGAACAGUUCCUGCCCCAAGUUGAGACAAAGGCCGCAAAGCUGCAUGCCAAGAAACAGCACGGAAAUGGUCGGCACCAUUCACAACUUAACCUGCCAAAUGGCAGGUGUGAGGUUUUCACUCACAGAGCAACUGGUCAGAUCGGUCCUAACCUCACUGGAAUGCACUUGUCCCUCCAAACUGACCAAAGGAGCCAAAGUGAAGACAAAGAGGACAGCAAUCACUCCAACAAAGAAGAGGCAGGGAAGACACCUCAGCAAAAAACUUUGCAAGGUGACUGCAAUCCUGUCGAGCAUGACCAGAUGCUACGAGAUGUUGAAUGACACCUGAUCGCGUGCCCUUGGCUCACUUUGACUCAUGCACUAAAUACUCGCGUACUCCGUCAUUGGAUUACCAACAAGGAAGCUCCUACAGUACGUUACUUCAUUUAAGUUAGUCUGUCAAAUGCCAUUUUGUCUUUCUUGAAGCUCUUUUUGGCAAUUGAUACUUCAGAUAAGCUUACACUCCACACAGUCAAGGAGGUGAGAUGACUUCUAACAGUGUCAAGUGUUAAAUGUGUUCAGUAUUGAGAGUAAAAAUCUACUUUACAGCGCUCGACAAUGGGGAUGGGUAUCAAAUCCGGUACUCUUAUAGGUACUGACCGAAUUACAAACCCCAUUUCCAUAUGAGUUGGGAAAUUGAGUUAGAUGUAAAUAUAAACGGAAUACAAUGAUUUGCAAAUCAUUUCCAACCCAUAUUCAGUUGAAACAUCAAAUAUGUUGUCUACAAAGACAACAUAUUUGAUGUUCAAACUGAUAAACUUUUUUUUUGUGCAAAUAAUCAUUAACUUUUGAAUUUGAUGCCAGCAACACAUGACAAAGAAGUUGGGAAACGUGGCAAUAAAUACUGAUAAAGUUGAGGAAUGCUCAUCAAACACUUAUAUUAAACAUCCCAGAGGUAUGCAGGCUAAUUGGGAACAGGUGGGUGCCAUGAUUGGGUAUAAAAGCAGCUUCCAUGAAAUGCUAAGUAAUUCACAAACAAGGAUGGGGUGAGGGUCACCAAUUUGUAAGCAAAUUGUCGAACAGUUUUAGAACAACAUUUCUCAACGAGCCAUUGCAAGGAAUUUAGGGAUUAUACCAUCUACGGUCCGUAAAAUCAUCAAAAAGUUCAGAGAAUCUGGAGAAAUCACUGCACAUAAGCGAUGUUAUUACGGACUUUUGACUCCACAGGCGGUACUGCAUCAAAAAGCGACAUCAGUGUGUAAAGGAUAUCAUCUCAUGGGCUCAGGAACACUUCAUAAAACCACUGUCAGUAACUACAGUUGGUCGCUACAUCUGUAAGUGCAAGUUAAAGCUCUACUAUGCAAAGCCAAAUCCAUUUCUCAACAAUAUCCUGAAACGCCGCCGGCUUGGUUGGGCCCGAGCUCACCUAAGAUGGACUGAUGCAAAUUGGAAAGGCGAGUCCACAUUUCAACUUAUAUUUGGAAACAGAGGACGUGGUGUCCUCCAGAACAAGAAGGAAAAUAACCAUUCAGAUUGUUAUAGGCGUAAAGUUCAAAAGCCAGCAUCUGUGAUGGUAUGGGGGUGUAUUAGUGCCCAAGGCAUGGGUAACUUACACAUCUGUGAAUGCACCAUUAAUGCUGAAAGGUACAUACAGGUUUUGGAGCAACAUAUGUUGUCAUCCAAGCAACUUUAUCAUGGACGCCCCUGCUUAUUUCAGCAAGACAAGUGUUACAAUAGUGUUACUUCGUAAAAAAAGAGUGUGGGAACUUUCCUGGCUCGCCUGCAGUCCAGACCUGUCUCCCAUCGAAAAUGUGUGGCGCAUUAUGAAGCGUAAAAUAUGACAGCAGAGACCCUGGACUGUUGCACGACUGAAGCUCUAUAUAAGACAAGAUUGGGAAAGAAUUCCACUUUCAAAGCUUCAACAAUUAGUUUCCUCAGUUCCCAAACGUUUAUUGAGUGUUGUUAAAAGAAAAGGUGAUGUAACACAGUGGUGAACAUGCCCUUUCCCAACUACUUUGGUACGUGUUGCAGCCUGAAAAUUCUUAAUUAUUAUUUGAACAUCAAAUAUGUUGUCUUUGUGUCGCAUUCAAUUGAAUAUGGGUUGAACAGGAUUUGCAAAUCAUUGUAUUCCGUUUAUAUUUACAUCUAACACAAUUUUCCAAAUCAUAUGGAAAGAGGGUUUGUACGUCAGUAAUAAACGGGUGUAAAUUUAGGUAAAAAUCAAACGGUACCCUAUUUCAAUACACUUGUUGCAGACACUUGGCGGGGAAACAAGCACUCAAGUGCACUUUUAAUGGACUUGGUUGGACUGCCUCAAGGUAAUGUUACCAUGGUUCAUGUCAACAAAGCAAGCAUGCGUGAUACAAAACGCAGGGAUAUGAGCACCCUCUGAAAAAAAGAGAAAAUGUACAACAACAAAAAAAAGGAAGGAACAUUUUUAUCACUACAAAGUGCUGCCAUGCAAACUCUGAAAUACAAUUAUGAAAGGCAAGACUACUUUCCCAGCAAUUAGGUGCAUUUCUACACUAUAUUUUACCUUAAUAUUUAUUAUCAUUUACCAACCUCUUUUUGACACAUGUCCAUGUAGUGUACCACAUCAUUUUUAUUUUUUUUGUAGAUAAUGUAAUAACAUCAUUAUCAUUUAAAAAAUAAUGUAACAUUAUAUAACGUGCAUGCAAAUAACUUAGUAGAUAAUUUAAUAACAUUAUCCAUCGAUCCAUUUUCUACCGCUUAUUCCCUUUGUGGUCGCGGGGGGCUGGAGGGGGUUGGCGCUGGUGCCUAUCUCAUCUACAAUCGGGCAAAAGGCGGCGUACACCCUGGACAAGUCGCCACCUUGUCGCAGGGCUAAUAACACUAUUAUAAUUGAAAAUGUAAUGUAAAAUUGUAUAACGUGAAUGCAAAAAACUCAGAAAAUGUUGCUCAUUUGACAACUCCAUCCUGUAGCCACGCCCCCUCAGAUAAUAUACUUCCAGUGGUGUGACCUCUGUUUACAUCUGUCACGUCAAAAAUAGAUCUUCUUGCUGGUUACUAAUAAAUACUCUAGAACAAGGGUGUCAAACGUACGGCCCAAGAACAGGUUUUUUCCGGCCCGCGUGAUGUUUGCCAAGUAUAGAAAGGACCGUUUUUUUUUGUUUUUUUUUUAACGUAAGAAACUGCUGUUCCAAAUGUGUCCACUAGAUGUCACAAUAGGAAUUCUGUUAGGCAAGCGAACGGUUUAUACCGAGCACAGUAAAGGGGGACUGUGGCUCCUCCUUCUCGACACACAUGAAACUUAAAACCUGACGUUUUAUGUCUUCUGCUUUGAACACAUGGUCAUUUGGCACCCUUACCCCCCCCACUCUCACCCCUCAAAAUGUCUCUGUCAAGCACGAGAAAAGUGAACUUAACCCUUUUGAAUAGUUUUUAACUCCAAUUUCAUCAGUUUGCCGGAAUCAAUCCAGAAAGACUGUGACUUAAAGUGUAAUCCUGGUUUUGUAGAUACACUGAGACAAAGUCCGAGCUCAUUGUGUUUAUGAAAAUGCACCAAUUUCCUCAGAAUUUCAAACAAACUUGAAGUGUUUUGUCCAGAGGAUUAUUUGUGAUUGGUACGCUUUCAUAAUGUGCUUUUGCUAUUUUUGGCCAAAGUCAAGCAAAGAAAACAGCCUGGAGUUGUUUUUAUUUUAAAGUUAUCAUGCCAUGAUUUUACCAUUUCCGCCCACUUGGGAAAAGAUUUUCCUCCGUGCGGCCCCUGAGCUAAAAUGAGUUUGACACCCCUGCUCUCAAACUACAACUGGUUCAGAACUAACAGUGUACGGAUUGUCCAUCCAUCCAAAAUAUGAUUAGCAGCAAAGGAGACUGCCGUCAACGUUGUGGCUCUGAGAGAGAACGGCGGCAACAGCAAGUAAGCUAGCAAGAUGGUUAAGUUAACUAGUGAACUUGUUUCGGUGCCUCUCAUCAUUUCCCCGUCCUGCAACUCUGUGCGUGUAGGCGAGAGGAACAUCGAGUACCUGCGGUUCAGGCAAGCAUUCAACACAUUUUGUGUGGAUCGUAUUGUUAUUGAUAUUUCAAAUAAAUAAAAAAUCUUGAAAGAGAUAUUUUGUCGCAAAAAUUAUUGUUUAAAAUUGCAGGAUCCCGCAGACAUGCCUAAAAACGCCCGAUAGUAAAGUACGGGACCACUUUUUAAAAAGUGCUAGCCAUGUAGCGUUAGCGAUUUCAACCCUCCAAAUUUGGUAAUGAAAACUACAGUUAAGAUACAUGUUACGAUCAAACAGUGAGUGUGCAAUAAGUACAGUACUUACUCGUCAUCGAAACACAAAGUAAGUAAGCAAAAAUUUGCAGAAUAAACACUUUUUAGGACACAGCACGUUCAGCUUCAUGGCAGACUACUUCCUGACUAGACAACACAAAGUAGCCACUAUCGCAAUCCAAUGUCUUGGAAUUUGAAUUGCAUGCAAAGUCUAUUAUACAGUGGGGCAAAAAAGUAUUUAGUCCGCCACCGAUUGUGCAAGUUCUCCCACUUAAAAUGAUGACAGAGGUCUGUAAUUUUCAUCAUAGGUACACUUCAACUGUGAGAGACAGAAUGUGAAAAAAAAUCCAGGAAUUCACAGUGUAGGAAUUUUAAAGAAUUUAUUUGUAAAUUAUGGUGGAAAAUAAGUAUUUGGUCAACCAUUCAAAGCUCUCACUGAUGGAAGGAGGUUUUGGCUCAAAAUCUCACGAUACAUGGCCCCAUUCAUUUUUUCCUUAACACGGAUCAAUCGUCCUGUCCCCUUAGCAGAAAAACA